AUGGCUGUGAUGACGUUUCGUGAGUUUUAUACUACAGUAGUUCCAAAUGAGAUUGAGUGUCAUCGGUUUUUAGUAGCAAAAGGAUUGUUGAAAAGUGCCGAAGACAACGAUCCUUGUCAUAAAUGUGGCACAGAAAUGCAGGUAAAACGACGGAAAUGCCGUAAUGGAGAGUGGAUGUCGAUUUUUCGGUGUCCAAAAAAAGGCUGUCAGACAACAAGAUCACCACGAGCUGGUAGCAGCUUUUUUCAUUUUACUGACUUGAACCAACGUUGCAACAGUGGGUUAACACUUUGUCAAAUUAUUGAACUUGUAUUUAUGUUUGUAUUGGAAUUACCCACACAAAUGGUAAUGGAUCGAACAGGAAGAAGUAAUGAGUGUGUCACCGACUGGUUUAACAUGUGCCGAGAAGUAUGA